AUGCGCAAACAUGAUAAUUGGUUCAGACUAGACCAGCUGAGCGGCUACAAAGCCGACAUAGGUGACCUCGAACAGGCGUGUGGUCCGCUGUGCACGUCAGUGGAUGAACUGGUAGCCGCGAUUCCCAUCGACCCGCUGCUCAAUACACCCAAUACCCCUUUUGGAGGCGGAAUGCCCGAUACCCUGACCCAGCUGUACCCAGGACACCAGCCGGCGGCGAUCUAUCCCGGUGAAUCCCCGAACAUAAUGUCUGCCCAACUUCAAUACAGCCCGUCUAGAAGCAUGGACGAUAUUCAAUUUAAUGGCCAUCAACUCAAUCCCUACGACCCUUUUCCAGGAAACAGCAAUCCUCAAUACGCUACUCAAGAGCUUCCAAUCCCCGCUUCUGGACUCUUCAGACCUAGCCCACCACCCAAGAUCGACCAACUGAACCCUCACAGGCCUUACCAAGGAAUCGACCAGUUCCAAUAUGCUGGCCAAGAGCACGGCAUCCAUCUCGAUGGAUAUCUGAGGUCCAGCCCUCAAGUCACAUUCGAACAUCCACCCAAUCCACCACAGCACAACACGUAUCAGGGCAUGGAUCCUAUCCAGUACUCUGUCGAACAAGCCGGGAUCUCUUUGACUGACUUCCUGCGAUCUAGCCCGGGAAACGAUCUCUAUCAACCGGCUCCGUAUAGCCCUUAUGCAGAACUCAUUCAUAUCCCAUCCCCUCAUCAAGCGCCCCGAGCGUCUAUCGAUGAACUACUCCGAUGUAACACGCACGAUUUGGCCAUGCUCGAAGGGCCCUACGCCGGCGUGAUGCAAGAUACUGAAUACACCUAUCAGGGCCAAUUCGUAUCCCCUAGCCAAAUCUCUCCUUCUAUCCCUCUAAUGCCACAGCUUGCCUACGACCCCAUACCAGUGCCCGACUCGCCAGUCGAUUCCCUCAAGACGGAUGAAGGGAUCAUCACCCAACUAAACAGGUUUGCGAACCAAGCUAACCACAAGAAACAGCGGCUCGACCCCAACACCUGGCCCCGUCUGGAUCGCUGUGCAGUUGAUGGGUCACCUGGGCGGGAGCGGAUACCAUUCAAUGUGUAUGACUCUCAGAGUCAUACUCUCCCCGACCUGCCGCCAGUCCCCCCGCCCGUAGAUACCCGUCCUGUCCCCAACUCCAAGCUGCUGGAUCCAAUCUCCACCGCUCCAUCCUCAUCUCCCCCACGGCCAUCCCCACCCCAGACCAAACGAGCACGAGCAGUCCAAAACAAGCCAGCAUCACCAGUCCGGAGCAACGUAGCAUCACCAGUUCGGGGCAACGUAGCAUCACCAGUUCGGGGCAACGUAGCAUCACCAGUUCGGGGCAACGUAGCAUCACCACUCCGGAGCGACAGAGCACCACCAAUCUACAGCGAAACGGAUCCCGAACUGUCUUGCUUUGCGACAAUGACUUCUUCGGUUGAUUAUGCUCAGCUCAAUACCGAUGACCUUUUUGGAUGUAUGAAUUUGGAUGAGUUGAAGAGCUUUGCUAAAAAACUUCAAGCAAAUCCUCAUACGACUAGAGAUAUGAUCAUCAUCGGCAUCAAAGCAAUUGCCUCUAACCAAUCCACUCUCUUCGGCGCUCCCUCUACUACCACCAAAGGAAAACAGAAAAAACAACUCUCCCUGAAGUUUACGAAAAAAGGCUUGAAGGAAAGUCAGAUCUCGUCUCUCAAUUCAAGAAUUUUGAAAAUCAUAGGACCAUCGAUCAAAUUACGACCUAAAGUGUGUUCAUUAUUCAAGCGGCUCCAUUUGAUAUUUUAUCGGUCGACGACCAUAUCAGAGAAGACGAUGACAGCAUCGAUGCUCGCGCAGAUGAAGAUCCGAAACUACCCGAGCUAUCAAGUAAUCCGAACGAGCUCGAUCUUUGACUCGCGGGAGCAACUGAUCAAGUAUGAAGAGGCCCUCGAGCUAGAGAAACAGUUCGACGAUCUCUUAGUCAACGAGCGUCGCCCGUGGAACGAGGACGAACAGGGAAAAGCCCGGCGCCAGGAAGCUAAGACGCUCCGGUUGAAGAAAGCUUUGGACGUCUUCGAAUCCGCUUGGAUGCUUUGGCAAAUCACUGUCUGCGAAGAAAAUGACCGGCUCGAAAAACUUCGGCCUACUCAAGACCUCGCGUACCAUGAUCACGAUCUUUCGAAUUACUACAAGCGGCGUUUCCAUCCAGGUUGGCCUUUGACCCGAAUCUUACAAAAAGGGCUAGCGGUGCUAGCACGAUUCGAGGAACACGAGCGGGAGGCAAAAGUCCUAGAAGCCUUACUCCAGCAGCCGCAUUUCCGACGAGGGAAGCGGGGGCAAUGGUACGACAGACUAGCGCUAGUCUUGAUGACCCAUCUGGCUCGGGACGAGUCGUUGGCGAUGAACCAGCGAGCCGUCCACAUGAAUUCGGCCUUAUAUACCUGCGAGCACGGCCUGACGGACCCGGAUACCCACCAGCUCUAUCGGUUCAGUCUUGGACGGAGACUGGCUAGGCUCCAGUCGCUCGACCCCUCCAUCCAUCAUCCUUCGCAAACCUUGCUCGAAGUCGAGGAGUGGAAAACCGCACGUCGGACUACUAUCCAUCGUACCAUCGUCAACGAGGACCGCGAGGUCGGCGCUAAAACUCGCUGGCUUAGUUCCCUCGAUAAAACCCCUAUCUCCGUUGAAGAAAUCGCCUUGGAACAUUACAUCUCCAAUCAUCCUGGAUGGAGAGGCUUUCACUCCGAAACGGGAAUAUUAAAAAUGAUCUUUUCGUUGGUUUUUUGGGACAUUAUCUUUGCCGCCGUCCCCGGUGCUUUUGAAACCAGUUUCCAGACGGCUCCUCUCGAUAUUGCAACCGAUGCAUUCAGGAUCGUACGCCGACCAUUAAUCGAAGACAGGAUGCGAAUGAUUGAGGAGCGAGGAAGCGAAGAAAUCAUGGCGCGGAUGCGAGAAACCUAUGCGCGAGAGUGCGGUCGGAAGACCUGGUCGAUCGGGAUCAGUCCGGCGUCUUGGGCGCGCUAUUCGCUCGAAGAUCUCCUGCAAAUCGUCUGCUGUUUCUCCGUCCAAGCCUUCAGUCUGAUCUCGAAUGCCUUCUUCGAGGAUUGGAGCGUCUGGGCCGCCGGCGCCCCCGAUCUUAUUAUUUGGAACCCGUACCUCAACCGGUGUAAAUUUGUCGAAGUUAAAGGCCCGGGAGACAAGCUAUCGGAACAACAAAAAAAUUGGUUUAGUUUGUUGUUGAAGGCUGAGGGCGUCGAAGUCGAGAUUUGCUCCGUCAAGGAAGACUAG